AUGAAGAAGACGUACACAGAAGCUCCAAUGGGGGAUCCCAACAGGGAGGAUCCCAUGGCAUUAAUUCAGGCUACGCUUGCCCAGAUGAAUGCCUCUUUUCAGCAGCAACUGGAUCAUAUCACCCGGCGACUUGACGAGAUGAAGCCACCAGACAUAGAAACAGAGACAGAACCAGUCGUGGCCCAGGCUGUUCAAAACGACCCAAACAACAUCAAUCACCCCUUGGAUGAGAGGCUACGCAAUGUCGAGCAAAAAUUAUUCGCCACUGAAGACGAUCCGAACCCUCGCAAUAGAGGCAAUCGGGACUUUGGCCGGAGAAUCAAUGGAGCAGAGUUGGACGGUCCAGUCACAGAGUUGCGAGGAAUUAAACUAGCGAUUCCCUCUUUUUAG